AUGGUGGCUGCUACCAUCACGCCUACAAUGUCGUUUCCUUCGCCUUACUAUCAUCUUUCAUCACAACAGUCCCAACAACUGUUUCUUCAGUAUCCUGAAUAUACCCAACCGAUGUUUCAUUAUGGCGACAAACACCAGCUUCCGUCGAUCAACUUGAGCCAGCAAAGUCAAAAUCAACUAAACCAACCAAGUCAAAACCAAACAAAUCAAAACCAACUAAACCAAAACCAAUCAAACCAAAACCAACAAGCACCCCAUCUUCACCAAAGUCACCAAUCUCAUGCCCAUCAGAGUCAUCACCAAUCUCACCCUUCCCACCAAAUUCUCCAAUACCCACAACAUGUGCCCAUGGAUUACUACUACUACCAACACAUGCUGCCCUCGCAAUCCAAGCCAUACUCUCUAACCAACCCCAACAAUCCUUACACCAUGGGGUACGGUAAUUACCUGACAGAGUCGUAUGCUCCUCCUGCUGCCGAAUCUAAACGGCAAAUUGACUACUCGCAAUUAGUCUCAUUCACAAACUCCACAGUUUCUCGUCGUCGCCGCCGAUCUACUCCUCCUUCGGCUCCACUGGAAGUCAUGUACCCAUGUGCACAAUGUGGAAAAGUGUUUCAGAAACUGUACAAUCUUAAAUCACACAUGCGUACGCAUCUGAGAGAAAAACCCUAUGCGUGCCUGGUAUGCGGUAAGACGUUUGCUCGGAGCCACGAUAUGCGUCGGCAUCAAUUGUUGCAUGAGGGAAAGAAGAAUUUCAAAUGUGAAGGGUACCUUAAAGAUGGAGUUACCAAAUGGGGUUGUGGCCGACUGUUUGCUCGUUCCGAUGCUCUUACAAGACACUUUCGUACCGAAACAGGCUGGUUGUGUAUCAAGCCGUUUAUGGAUGAAGCCCGGUCGUUGGGACUUUAUACCGAUGCUACACAGGCAAUUCUGGACGCUACAUCCCAUCACCUUCCAAUGCUGACGCCGGGUUCCGAACCAUCCACCACAUCUUCAGCUGUUGAUGGAGAAGACAAUGUGGAUUCUGAGUAUUCAAAAACGACAAUCUACCCAUCGCAGACCCAGAUCCUCACGCCCGAACAGAGUUACGAGUCCACAUUGACCCGCAAGCUCGUCGACAGCAAAUAA